AUGAAUUCGCACAACAUCUCCAAGGCAAGCUCUCUGGACUUAGGAAUGAACUUGAUGAUAUCGAAAAUGGCCUCAAUAAUAGAAUUUUUGAAGUUGAAUCCUCCCUCGUCUCUCAACACAUCGUUCAAGAAGUUCAACAUCGAUUUGUGCUUAUCUGGGAAUUUCAAUGACAGAGUUCUAAUGGCAUCAAUAACAAUGAUCUUGAACUCGUCGGAAAUGUCAUCCAUGAAUCCACUGAUAGUCUUGACCAAUCUAUCGACGUUUUCAGAAUUUCCUGUUUUCAACAGAGUGGUGAUAGCGUAUGUGGACACUGAUCUGUUCGAGUCGUUGAUCAAGGACUCGAGCUCCAGGUUGCACACCAUGAUUUUCUCUGGACUCUUCAUAGCAAUCUUGUUAAGAAUUCUAACUGCUGCGAAACGAGUCACAGUUCUUGGGACACUCAGCAAUGUUUGA